GAGAGAAAGGAAAUGUGUGGGGGAGGCACAGCAGUCAGAAAUGCUCCAUUUGUAAUCGGUGACAAUUUAAUCUGUCAGUUUUGGGGACAGUUGGAAGAUCGAGUGCGUGGCCAUCGAGUGAAUGCUGACGGCUAAAGGCUGUCAGCAGUAUCGAAUGCAUAGACGGUGAGAAGUGAGAUGACUUUCUGAGAUAAAAGGCGAUAACAAACUAGUCAGGACGUUGCAAAUCAAAUGUAUAUGUUCAUUAAAAGUUAAAAAUUUCGUUGUGAUAAAAUAUAAGGCAUCGUUCUUAUGUAGGGGAAAUAUAAUUUACUGUGAGCAAUUUUCUGUAUAGAUUCCCAUCUAGUCACCUCAGCUGUGCGCUGAGAAGAGGAGACAAUGAAAAAAGGGCGGUGGCACUGUCUUUGUGAUUGAAUGCAGCCGUGUUUUAAAUCGAUAUUAAUAAGAAUGUUUUGAAAACAGCACGGAUGUAGUAAAAAGAGAAAGAAAACGAUCAUUUUCUUACAUCUACUUUUUUAUCAUUAUUAUUAUUAUUCUUCGUGGCGCGUCUGGUUGUUAAUAGGCUUGUCGAUGUUUUUGUUCGAAGGUGCUGAAAUGCAGUGAGAUUCGCUGGUUAGAGCGCGUUGCUCCCAUCCCCCGCCUUUACAGCACAGGGUAAGAGAGGGGGACAGGAGAGAGAGAGAGAGAGAGAGAGAGAGAGAGAGAGAGAGAGAGCGGAAGAUAGACAGCACCCUUGUGAGGGGAAACAAGAGUCAGCUUCUCGGGGAGGAGUGAGGAAAAAAGAGCUGGGGCGCAAACAAAAGAGAGAGCAUGGAUGAAGCAGGAAAAUAUCUGUUUAAAAAGGCAGCGCAGUGGAGGCUUCGGUCGUCCUGGUCAUCCUGUACAUAGUAAGCCCGUUUUUUGGAUGCCGUGGUUUCGAGCUGUUGCGCGGGGAGCUCUCAAGGCGGAAAGCGGUUUUUAAUCCGUCUGUGGAUGUUGCCAGCUUGCGAUGGCUGUUGCAGGGCGAUGUAGCUGCAUAAAAGAGAACGUGCCUCUUUGUUUUUGUUUCUUCAUUGUUCUACUAAGUGCCCUUACAAAUGCACAAAUUCGCUACAGCAUUCAGGAGGAGCUGGAGAGCGGCACUGUCGUUGGUGAUCUUGUUCGGGAUCUCGGGCUGGAUCUGCGAAAGCUUUCGGCUCGUCGGAUCAGAAUCAGCUCAGACAGUGCGAGGCGAUACUUCAGCGUCAACCACAACACUGGUAAGCUUGUUAUAAGCGACCGGAUUGACCGCGAAACGCUCUGUGAAUUCAGCGGCACCUGCACACUUAGUCUCGACGUGGUGUUAGAAAACCCAUUCGAACAGCACAACGUGGAUGUUGAGAUUUUGGAUGCAAAUGACAACUCGCCGCUUUUCCCCCGAGACGAGUACCAGUUGGAGAUCUCCGAGGGCGCACAGCCAGGCGCGCGGUUUUCCAUUGAGGGCGCGCAGGAUUCUGACGACGCCUCAAAUUCUGUGCGCCAUUAUCGCCUCACCUCAAACGAACACCUGGCGCUCGAUUCAACAAAACCACCUGCCGACGGAAAACACAUAGAGCUCGUGCUGAAAAAACCUUUCGACCGUGAGCUUUUGCAGUCGCACCAGUUUCUACUCACCGCUACAGACGGCGGAUCUCCUCCGCGCUCAGGCACAGCUAAAAUCAACGUGCGCGUUUUGGAUACCAAUGACAACGUGCCAGUCUUCGGCAGUUCCGUAUACAAAGUGAAACUGUGGGAAAACUCUCCUGUUGGAGCGCUGGUAAUUAAAUUAAACGCCACUGAUAGAGAUGAGGGCUCCAAUGGCGAGGUGUAUUACUCAUUUAGCUCUUACACGCCAGAUAGAGUGAGGCAGGUGUUUUCUGUAGACACAGACAGUGGAGAAAUUAGAGUUAAAAGCAAUGUGGACUUUGAAGAAACCAACAGCUAUGAGAUGUAUAUCCAGGCAGCAGACAGAGGCCAAGGGGCCAUAGCAGUGCACUGUAAAGUGGUGGUGGAGGUGCUGGAUGUGAAUGAUAAUCCUCCUGAGAUUGUGCUCUCCUCUCUCUCCAGCCCAGUUCGGGAGGAUGCUCGUGGAGACACUGUGGUGGCUUUAAUAAGUAUAAAUGACAAAGACUCUGGACAAAACAAGCAGGUCAGCUUGGACAUCAUCGCCCCGAAUCUACCUUUUAAAAUCAAAUCAUUCCGAAACCAUUACACCAUUGUUACCUCUGCCUUCCUGGACCGGGAGACUAUACCAUCAUACAACGUCACAGUUACAGCCACAGAUGGUGGAACGCCACCUCUUUCAUCAUCAAUGACAGUACGAGUUGACGUGGCAGAUGUAAAUGACAAUCCACCACGUUUUGAACAGACUUCAUACACUGUUUAUGUCUUAGAAAACAAUGUGCCCAGUGCACCUCUGUGUGUUGUCAAGGCAACAGACCCGGAUGCCGGCGAAAAUGCUCGCAUCACAUACACCGUCCUAAAUGAUAACAACCAUGGUAUUUCAGUGGCAUCGUAUGUUUCUGUCAAACCUGCCACAGGUGAGGUGUACGCACUGCGAUCCUUUGAUUUUGAAAAGUUGCGUGAGUUUCAUUUCCAGGUUAAAGCUCAAGACAAUGGUGUGCCACAUUUGAGCAGAGUGGCAACUGUUUAUAUUUACAUCAUGGACUCCAACGACCACAGCCCUCAGUUUGUUCGCCCAGCAGCAAACGGCUCACUCUCCACAGAGACAAUUUUGCGUAACUCAGAGGCAGGGGUCCUUGUUUCACGUGUGCUGGCUUGGGACUUAGAUGCUGGAGAAAAUGCCUGGUUGCUAUACAGCCUCCAUCACCCACCGGAAUUGGACUUGUUCAAGGUGCACGAGUACACAGGUGAAAUCCGCACAACGCGGCGAGUAAACGAGGACAAUUCUACUGUCUUUAGCCUCACAGUGCAUGUACGAGAUCAUGGUUUGCCUCCUCGCUCUGCAUCUACAACGAUCAACAUUGCCGUCAUGGAGCUCCCACCCAAAGUGGCCCCAGACCCAAAACGCAUUAUCAGGCCACACGACACAAUGAUAUUCUCCCAUGUAACCCUGUAUCUUAUCAUUGCCCUCAGUGCAACCACCUUUGUUUUCUUGCUCACCAUCUUUGUCCUAGCAAUUGUUCGCUGCCAUGCCUACUGCAGCCAGCCAGAUGCUUGCUCCUGCUCACCUUGUUGUGGGUCAAAGAAGAAAAAGAAGACAACAAUGAAGAAGGCACCCAAAGAUGGUGGAGGUGGUGGGGCUGCAGGUGGUGGAGGAGGUGGAGAUGUAGGUGGCGGCGGGGGUGCUGCUGGCGGGGUCACAGUCCAACAACAGUCUGCGGUGAUGCGGAGAGACCUAAAUGUGGAGCCACACUACAUUGAGGUCCGAGGAAAUGGCUCUUUAACAAAAACAUACUGCUAUAAGACCUGCCUGACCGCCACCUCAGGAAGUGACACUUUUAUGUUCUACAAUACGGGCCGGCCAUUGAGUGGGACUUGGGGCUCUGGGGCAGACCGUUUCUUCACAGGACAGAGUGGGCAGUUUGUGCGCAGACUGAGCAUGCCCGACGCUACGGCAAUACAGGUGUGUGCAGUGCCCACACUGUUUUAGAAUCCAUUAAGUGACUCAUCCAUCUGUCUGCCUCAUCCAUCCACGAAGAGAGGAGAAAUUAUCUUCUCUUCAAUAAUGCGGUACCUUUUCACUCUCAGAUAUGAUGAUGAUGUAGGAGUAGUCAACCAUUUUUUAUUUUGUUUCCAAAAAAAAAAAAAAUGGUGUAGAAACAGUUUUCACUCAGAAAUUGCUAGUAAAUUUUACAAUUCAAAAGAGACAACAAGUAAAACAUG